ACUUCCACGGAAACGCAUGUGUCCUUUCCACUGUGCACCCAAAAUCAAAUGGCGAACAUUUUCCUCAACUUUGCUCUUCUUGUCAUCAUCCAUUUUUCUAUGCCUACUUUCUCUACCACCAUACUUACAGACCAGUCGGCCCUUGUUGCAUUGAAAGACCAUGUUAUCCACGAUCCUGGAAAUGUGUUGGCAACCAAUUGGUCAUCUUCUUCCCCUGUUUGCAAUUGGUUUGGUGUCAGUUGCGGAUCCAAACACCGCAGAGUCACGGCUCUAAACCUUAUUGGUUUGGGACUUGUAGGCACCCUCCCACCCCACUUGGGAAAUUUAUCAUUCCUUUCUCUUCUUUCCAUCAGUGGUAACAGUUUUCAUGACAGAUUACCUGUCCAAUUAUCGAAACUCAAACGACUGAAAUAUGUUUACUUUGGUAACAACAACUUCAGUGGAGAAAUCCCAUUCUCUUUAGGCUAUUUACCAAAGCUAAAGAUCUUGAGCUUGCAUGGAAACCAGCUUUCAGGUUCAAUACCCUCCUCCAUCUUCAAUAUAUCUUCGUUGCAAGUUAUUGAUCUAAGCAGUAAUAUGCUCACCGGUUCCAUACCCUUUGUUCCAAUCGAUUUGCUUUCGCUCGAAUACAUCGAUUUCAGCAUCAAUAAUCUCACUGGUCAUUUUCCAAAGGAUAUGUUUGAUCGUCUUCGGAAUUUGAAAGUACUCUACUUGAGCGUUAACAUGCUUUCAGGAAGAAUUGCAGCCAGUUUAUUCAAGUGCAAAAAAUUACAAACUUUAUCUUUAUCACUUAACCAAUUGGAGGGGAGUCUACAGGUAGAAAUUGGGAAUUUGAGCAUGCUUCAAUUCUUUUCUAUUGGUCAGAACCACUUUCAAGGUGAAAUUCCAGAACAGAUUGCGAAUCUAACUCUUCUUAGCCAGUUUGAUUGUUCCCAUAACAACUUCACAGGUAUGAUACCACAACAGAUUGGCUACCUAAAGAAUCUAGAAGUCUUGAAUUUGGCAGAUAACAAACUUGUUGGUCCAAUUCCUCCUGCAAUAUUCAAUACAUCAACUCUAUCUAUCAUUUCUCUGCUAGUAAAUCAGCUCUCUGGAAGUCUUCCAUCAAACAUGGGGAUUUGGCUUCCAAAACUGGAGGAAUUAUAUAUGGGGAACAAUCAACUUGCUGGUCCAUUCCCAAUGUUUAUUUCCAAUGCCUCAAAGCUUACUAUUCUUGAUAUGUCACAUAAUUACAUUUCAGGGUCUAUUCCUGACACUCUUGGCAAUCUAAAAAAUUUGAAGAAACUCAACCUGGAAGUUAAUAAUCUAUCUUCAUCAGGGAUGAGCUUUCUCUCUUCUUUGAUAAACUGUAGAGGCUUGGAAGACAUGGAUUUUGGUAGCAACCAAUUGAUCAGUGGUGAACUCCCAGGUUCGGUAAGAAAUUUCUCAGAUUCUCUUCAGAUAUUCUUUGGUGCUAGGUGCAACAUCAGGGGUAGCAUCCCGAGUGAAUUUGGCAACUUAAGCCGCUUAAUGGCCAUAAAGCUAGAUGGCAAUAAAUUGACAGGAACGGUUCCUAAUACAAUUGGAGGAUUAAAAGAUCUGCAAAGUCUUUCUCUUGGGGGAAAUGAGUUAGAAGGACCGAUCCCGUCCGAGUUAUGUCAGCUAAACAAGUUGGGAUUCUUGGUCUUGACGAACAACAAAUUGUCUGGACCGAUACCUACUUGCUUGGGUAAUGUUGUUUCUUUAAGGCAACUAUUCCUUGGCUCCAAUAUGUUUUCUUCCUCUAUACCUUCAACCUUGACAGGGCUUACUGAUCUCCUGAUCCUCAACUUGUCUUCAAAUUCUCUCACUGGUCCUCUUCCAAUUGAUAUUGGAAACUGGAAAGUUCUGAAUAUCAUGGAUUUGUCGAACAAUCAGUUCUCAAGUGAUAUCCCUACUGGAGUUUCAGAUCUCAAACAGCUCACUUAUUUCUCCUUAUCCAAUAAUAGAAUCACAGGUUCUAUUCCUGAUUCAUUUGGUGACAUGUGAACUUGGAAUCCUUGGAUUUGUCGAGAAACAGUCUAUUCGGAGAGAUUCCCAAGUCGUUAGAGAAACUUCGUUACCUCAAAUAUUUCAAUGUCUCUUUCAAUAGACUGCAAGGAGAAAUUCCUAAUGGAGGAUCAUUUGGAAACUACUCAAAUAAUUCAUUUGAGGGGAAUGGAGCAUUUGUGGUACUGCAGCUCAACUUCAUGUCCCAAGAUGCAAAUCUAAGCCUCAGAGAAAUUCCAAGGCAAGAACAAAGCUCAUAACUUAUGCAACACUACCUGUUGCCUCUACAAUUUUGUUGGUGGCUCUUAUUAUCGUUAUCUUGCAAAGAAGGAAGAAGAAAGAAACAUUAGAAACCCAAGAGCAAGAAGAGCUGUUACCUUUAAGAAUGUGGAGACAAUUUUCAUACCAAGCUUCAUCAAGCUACUGAUGGAUUCGGCGAU